UCAGAUCGGAGCCUGGUCUGGUCUACGAUGUGGGGCCGCAAGAUUACGUGUCUCUUUUGUGUUCGAUGAAUUUUACAGGAAUUAGAUUAUGACCAUCACGAGAUCGAAUGGCUAUGAUUGUUCGAACUCUUCGCUCAAUCUGAACUACCCGUCGUUCGUGGCGUUCUACGAUAAGAAUGUGACUACUGGAGUGAUCUUGACGCACAGGUUUCGAAGAGUCGUGACGAAUGUGGGAGCGGCGGCAGCUACGUACAAAGUGAAGGUGGCUCCACCGGAGGCAGUGAAAGUUGCAGUGUUGCCUCGGAGUAUGGUGUUCGGGAAGAAGAACGAGCGGAGAGAUUACUAUGUGGAGAUUGUGUAUCCGAGUGAUGGGAAUGGGCUGGUUUCAUAUGGGUCGAUUGUUUGGAUUGAGGAAAGUGGAAAGCAUAUUGUGAGGAGUCCGAUUGUUGUUGCGCCAACUUCUGGUGGCAAGUAAUUAAGCCUUCUGGUUGCUUGUCUGUUGUAUCCUAAGGCAUAAAAGAAAAUGGAGGUUGUCAGCGUUUAAUGGUAAAUAAAAAGAAUUCAGGUUGAUAAAUGAGCAAGUCAUUUUCAGUUGCCCACUCUGAAUUCCGGGAGAAGAUAUGGUGCUAACUUCAUAGAUAGUUAGCAUCGUGCUAACAAAGGGCUAAUCAGGAAAACAACUGGAAUAAAAUUGAAACUAAUUC